AUAAUCUUUUUCUUCUCCUUCCCUAUACUUUGAGGCCACCAAAUCCUUUUUCAUUUGAAAAAAUCUUUGAUUCACUCAAAUAUACAUACAUUAUAUACAAAAUAUUGUUGUCUUUUCUUUGCAUUUGAAUCCUCUCCUUUUCAUCAAUCCAACGUUCCUAAUUUGUCUUCUUUCUUCCUCUUUUUCUGUUGUUCACCAUUUUCCUUACCCUUUCUACGAUUUCCUCUUCCCUAUUUCAUUUUUCUCCUGAUUUUUUUUUUAAAGAUUUGAUUUUUAGUUUGUUUUUCAAGAAUUUAAUGCCCCCAGAAAUGGGAUUUUUCUAAAAAGCUCAAAUAUUUAUUCCUCUUAAUGCCCUGGAUUUUCUUGAUUUGUAUAAAAAGUUGACCAUUUGUGUUAUUACAUACAUUUUCAGACACCCUUUUGGUUACUUGUUGAAAUUCCCACACAGAAAAUAAAAUGUAUGGAACCCAUCGUAGAAAAGAUUUGGCUUUUGAAUACCAAUCACAAAUUCAGAUAUUAAGGCCAAGUAUUCAUGCAAGAAGGGCAAAUAUAACAGUGAAAUUUCAAGAUCUAUAUGGUUUUACAGUAGAAGGGAAUGUUGAUGAUGUGGAUUGAACUAUGUUGCAGCAUUAUUGUUGCUUGUGAUGAAAACUGAAGAAGAUGCUUUCUGGAUGCUUGCUGUCCUUUUAGAGAAUGUCUUGGUCAAUGAUUGUUACACUAAUAACUUGUCCGGGUGCCAUGUUGAGCAAAGAGUCUUCAAGGAUCUAUUAACCAAAAAAUGUCCAAGGUUAGCCGCUCAUUUGGAUUCUCUAGAAUUUGAUGUUUCUCUUGUUUGCACCGAGUGGUUUCUCUGCCUUUUCUCCAAAAGUUUGCCUUCUGAGACAACCUUGCGGGUAUGGGAUGUCCUCUUCUAUGAAGGUGGUAAGGUUCUAUUUCAUGUAGCAUUGGCAAUUUUCAAGAUGAAUGAAGAGGCAUUGCUGAGAGCACAUCAUGUCGGGGAUGUAAUUAGUAUCAUACAGAAAAGCACUCAUCACCUUUUUGAUCCCGAUGAUUUGUUGACAGUUGCUUUUGACAAAGUUGGCUUUAUGACAACAACUACUAUAUCAAAACAGCGGAAAAAGCAGGAACCGGCUGUAAUGGCAGAGCUCGACCAGAGAUCAAGACGGUUAAAUUCUGUAUUUACAGAUGAAAAACGGUAGUUUGUUUAUGAGGAAACCUAGUAAUUGUAACAUAUGCAUUAUGUAUCCGUGUCAGGGCGUGCUGCCCUUGCUAGGAGAUUGAUCUUUUGCUCACAGAAACAAUGAGCAAAGACCGCGGCUUGGAGAGAGAAUGUGCUUGUUUAAGUUGUAGGUGUAACAUAAAUGUAAAUGUAAUCUGAAAUGUUGCUGUAUUUUAGUUGAUCCUUUAUUCUUUA